CAGAAUAAUACGCACUAGGGCGGGUUCGGAGGAGGAAAGGCUCGGCAAACUAGGCUUAGCGUGGCUCUGAGAAACUCCCAUCCCGACGACAAAGCUCUCCCUCCCUUCUCCAUCCACAAUCCCUUCCUCUCGACCACCUCUCCUCUCUCCAAUUACGUCUCUCCUUCAGAGAAACCACUCUCCCAUUCCUCUGAACCCCCUUCAUAAUGUUCAGAAACGCUUUGCGGCAGUCUAGCCGCUCCGUUGCGGCCGUCGCUACCACCGGUCGGAUCGCUUCGGUUCGUGCGGCUGUUUCCGGCCCCCUCGCUGGUGCCUCCAAGCAGGUCCGAUCAUAUGCCGCUGAGGCCAAGGCCUCGCCCACCGAGGUUUCCUCUAUCCUUGAGCAGAGGAUUCGCGGUGUUCAGGAGGAGGCCGGUCUCGCUGAGACUGGACGUGUCCUCUCCGUUGGGUACGUCCUGCUGACCUUUUUUGUCGUCGUCGAUAUGUUGAAAAAACCGCCAUUGGCAUCAUCAAAAUGCAAUUGGUCAAUGGUUUGUGAGUCUUGUGCCUUUUACUGACGCGUCUUUGACAGUGAUGGUAUUGCCCGUGUCCAUGGCAUGUCCAAUGUCCAGGCUGAGGAGCUGGUCGAGUUCGCCUCUGGUGUCAAGGGAAUGUGCAUGAACCUCGAGGCCGGCCAGGUCGGUGUUGUGCUUUUCGGUUCCGACCGACUUGUGAAGGAGGGUGAGACCGUCAAGCGUACCGGUCAGAUCGUCGAAGUUCCCGUUGGCCCUGAGCUUCUUGGCCGUGUUGUUGACGCUCUUGGUAACCCCAUUGACGGCAAGGGCCCUAUCAACACCAAGGCCACUAGCCGUGCUCAGGUCAAGGCUCCUGGCAUUCUCCCCCGUCGUUCCGUUAACCAGCCUGUCCAGACUGGUCUCAAGAGCGUUGACUCCAUGGUUCCCAUUGGUCGUGGUCAGCGUGAGUUGAUCAUUGGUGACCGUCAGACCGGUAAGACUGCCGUCGCUCUUGACGCCAUUCUUAACCAGAGCCGGUGGAACAACACUAGCGACGAGACCAAGAAGCUCUACUGUAUCUACGUUGCCGUCGGUCAGAAGCGUUCCACUGUCGCCCAGCUUGUCAAGACCCUUGAGGAGCAGGAUGCCCUGAAGUACAGCAUCGUCGUUGCUGCUACUGCUUCCGAGGCUGCUCCUCUGCAGUACAUUGCUCCUUUCACUGGAUGCGCUAUGGGAGAGUGGUUCCGUGACAACGGCCGCCACGCUGUCAUUGUGUACGACGACCUUUCCAAGCAGGCCGUUGCUUACCGUCAGAUGUCUCUUCUGCUUCGUCGUCCCCCCGGUCGUGAGGCUUACCCCGGUGACGUUUUCUACCUGCACUCUCGUCUCCUCGAGCGUGCUGCCAAGAUGAACGACAAGCACGGCGGUGGCUCUCUCACUGCUCUGCCCGUCAUUGAGACCCAGGGUGGUGAUGUCUCUGCCUACAUUCCCACCAACGUCAUUUCCAUCACUGAUGGACAGAUUUUCUUGGAGUCUGAACUUUUCUACAAGGGUAUCCGCCCCGCCAUUAACGUCGGUCUCUCUGUCUCCCGUGUCGGCUCUGCCGCUCAGGUCAAGGCCAUGAAGCAGGUCGCUGGUUCCUUGAAGCUUUUCUUGGCCCAGUACCGUGAGGUCGCUGCUUUCGCCCAGUUCGGUUCCGAUCUCGAUGCUUCUACCAAGCAGACUCUCAACCGCGGUGAGCGUCUGACUGAGCUGCUCAAGCAGAAGCAGUACUCCCCCAUGGCUGUCAGCGAUAUGGUCCCCCUGAUCUUCGCCGGUGUUAACGGUUACCUCGAUUCCAUCCCCGUAAACAAGAUCCUCGCCUGGGAGGCUGACUUCCUUGCCCACCUCAAGACUAACCACCCCGAGGUUGGUCAGACCAUUGACAAGGAGGGCCAGGUCAGUAAGGAACUCGAGGCAAGCUUGAAGGAUAUCAUUGAGAAGUUCAACUCGUCUUUCAGCGCCUAGGUGAGCAAAAAGAGAGGAUCGGGGUGAUCCGUCCACAAUGCAAUGUUUUCUUUUCCUGACUUCAUGUGUAUAGAAGGAUAGCUUGUACAAUUCGAGCCAACUGUUUUCCCUUUGUCUCAGAGCUCGGGACUUUCGAGAAACCCCCUUUGGGGACGUAUAAUCCAUAUAAAAAUACGCGGUGGCGCAUAAACUAGGGCCAUCUGUUGAUUGUCCUGUAGCUGGAGAGAAAGGGUACAGUUGGAAAUAUGCCAGUCCUAAAAAUUAUCUUCGAAUAAUAUUGUGUAUCAACUUGUUUUGCGUAUUGAAUGGGCGGGUCAGAUGGUCUGAAGGGGAAUGAUAUAUUGCCUCCUUAUCUUUGUCACUGUCCUCAGUUUGUCUUUUCGAAUGGAGCCAGGGCUACGGGUUAUUUGUCCAUUCUGCAGUUUCUUAUUGAUUUACGUAGUCAAGCAUCUAUGUAGGCAUCUACAAGUAUGCGCACGACGGGAACCCGCCGAUUGCGGCCGCUGGUUAUCGAUAAGCGAGAAAUUUUCAUCUUCACCAUCAGUACAUCUCA